GCGGCGGUUCCGGGCACGUCGCGUUCCUCGCCCCGGGACCCGCCGCGCCCCAUGGCCGCUCCGCAGGACCCGCUGCCCCCAGCAGAUCAUGCAGCAAAAGAGCCAGUGGAGGAUACGGAUCCGAGCACUCUUUCCUUAACAAUGACAGAAAAAUAUCCUGUCCAAGACACAGGAGUACCUAAAGAUGAGGAAUACCUAACAGAUCAAGUUACUUUGGAAAUUGCAUCUGUGAACAUCAAGACCCUCACAUCAGAUUCUGGCCUAAUACAACAGCCAGAAGACAAAGACACACAAAACCAUACUGACAAAUCACUUUCAGAUCUCAAGAAAACCUGCAAGGAAAAUGUCACCUGCUCCUUGUGCUUAUUCCGUGCACCAACCAUCAGUGACAUGCUCAAUGAUGAGGACUUGUUGUACACAGUGAGGCUAAAGCUGGAUCCCUGCCAUCCAACAGUGAAAAACUGGAGAAAUUUGGCAAGCAAGUGGGGGAUGACUUAUGAUGAAUUGUGUUUCCUUGAACAAAAGCCCCAAAGUCCCACCUUGGAAUUCUUGCUACGGAAUAGUGACCGGACUGUGGAACAGCUGAUUGAUCUCUGUAAAUUUUAUAAGAGAAUUGAUGUUGUAAAAGUGCUGCUGAAAUGGGUGGAGGAGGAAUGGCCCAAGAGAGGGAACAGAACUUACCAGAAUGACUUCUAGGUCAAAGAAAGUUGUUAGUCUGUACGUGUUAAAUGCUGACUACCACUUAUACACUGGAAGUUUCCCUUGCAAGAGAGAGAAAGCCUGUACUGAGGGUUUGUAUACUGUGUAAGCUUUAUCUACUGAAUACAUAACGUAAGCUUUAUGCCCGCAGGGUUGCAAAGAUAACCUUCCAAAAGUGGAUGGAAUCAUCCAGGUUGUGUUAUUCAGUCUGCAAAUACCUUCAGUUUCUUUGCUGCUGUUCACAGCCUUCCUAAAUAGAAAAGGAAUGAAAAGGCCUGACUGCUUGUUUUACUGCAACAAUUGUGCACCAUAUCAGUUGUGUACUGUUGUUACUGGGACAGCCACAGUUAGAAGGCAAGUCCCUUGGUCUUACUGGUAGCCCUUGCACAAUUUUGUAUGUUCUACCUAGUAGAA